ACACUCCGGGAGCAGCACUCUGCAAACAGAACUGCAACGGACUGAACAUGACGGGAGAGAAAGCAGAGAGAAAGAAGACGUACAGUGCGGUGAUUGGUUGGUUCCGGGCGGGGCGCGCCGCCAUUGUUGGCAGCCCGCGCGUGCGGCGGAGGCGGGCGAUUGUGAAGGGAGAGCGGAGCUGAGGCCUGCUCUGAUCUGUGGCUGGCAGCUCCGAGCAGGGCCCUGCACCCAGGCCCUUUGCAAUAAACCGCAAGUUCCAUGACCUGGCUUCAGAGAUCUCUCGUUUCCGUCUGUCCCGACCUUGCUACCCCCCGACGCUCCUGCAAACGCGCUCAUCCCUUGUUUUCCCCAAACCAGGAUUUCCCAUUGCCAACCCCUGGGAGGCUGCAAGGAAGAGGAAGAUGCCCCGGGACACUGAGGCAGAGUAGGAGCUGAGCAUGGAGAGCAGGGAGGACAAAUGCCCGCGGCAGAACCUGGUGGCAGAGGCUGUUUUGAGCGGCUCCACGGGGCAGGAAGGAAAUGGGGAGAAAAAGCUGCGGAGAUGGUGCACGAGGCGGGGCUGCAAACGCAGCUGGCGGGGAUCUGAGGGGGAAAGAGCCAGCCAGGGCCGGGAAAGCGGUUGGAGAUGGAGCCAGAGCUCGGAGCUGGUGCUCCAUGAGCAGGUUCAUGAUGGGGAGAAGCCCCACACGUGCGUGGAGUGUGGGAAGAGCUUCAGGUGGAGCUGCAGGCUGAGCCAGCACCAGAGGACCCACACUGGGGAACGGCCCUAUGAGUGUGGGGAGUGUGGGAAGAGCUUCAGCCGGACCUGCAGCCUGACAAAACACCAGAGGACCCACACUGGGGAACGGCCCUAUGAGUGUGGGGAGUGUGGGAAGAGUUUCAGCCAGAGCUCCAGCCUGAUCAACCACCAGAGGACCCACACUGGGGAGAAACCUUAUGAGUGCUCCAAGUGUGGGAAGGGGUUUCCGGCCAGCUCCGGUCUCAUCCGGCACUAUCGUACUCACACAGAGGAGAGGCCCUUCCACUGCCCUGAGUGCGGGAAGGGAUUCAGGGACAACUCCACCCUUGUCAAGCACCGGCGCAUCCACACUGGGGAACGGCCCUACGAGUGUGAUAAAUGCAGAAAGAGGUUUCUGAGCAGCUCCCAUCUCCUCCGGCACUAUCGGAUUCACAGAGAGGAGAGGCCCUUCCAAUGCCCCGAGUGCGGGAAGGGAUUCAAGAACAACUCCAACCUCGUCACCCACCGGUGCGUCCACACCAGGGAGAGGCCCUACAAGUGUCCCCAGUGUGGGAAGAGCUUCUCCUGCAGCUCUCAUUUGACCCAACACAAACGGAGCCACCACUAAGGUAAUCCCUGUGAAUGCCCCGAGUGUGGGAAGAGCCUCGUGCGCUGCUCCAGCUCCAUCCCCCACUGGAGGAGGCACUUUGGGCACAGCCCUGGUGUCCUGGUUCAGCGCAAAUUUCGGAGAGAAUCCCCAAAGUGGGGUCCUCUAGGAUAGCAGAUGUAGUUGGCCCCUCCCCCCAACCGGUCCGGGAGCAAAAUACGUCCUUGGAGAAAAGUGGAAAUAAAAUGUUUAUUAAACAAUAAAACUUAAAUAAUAUUAAACAAUAAAACCCCUUGCCCCUCCAAAAGAACUGACAAACUGAGCAAGUCCCCUUCCCGGUUUGCAGCUCAGCUCACUCAGUCUCUGAUCUGUCCCUCCCAUGCUGGAAAUGCCACAGGCCAGGCCCGGCCCGGUGGGCCACAGGUGCAACUGCCGGUGCUCCCCUGGGUGUUCAGUCCUGAGCAGGUUUAAAGAGGUCCAAAGAAAAGGGGAAAAGAAAAGAAAAAAACCCCACAGUCGAACUUCUUUGCCUUCUUUGCCUCAGGUAGCUAAAACUGACAGCAAAGGAGAGCUCUGUCCCGCUGUCUGUCCAUCCACAGACAACACAGCCCAGGAGUAGGAAUGUUGAGGAGUGAGUGCAGUGUCUGAAAACAAACUGCACACUUCUCUCCUCUCUUCACUCUGCAACAAGUCUUAAAGGUGCAAAACUUAUUAUUCAGCAUAAACAGAACAAGACGAUUGGGGAUAAAAGCAUCAUAUAGUCAACCCAGGACAUUCCAACCCUUAUCCCCAUAUUGUCAGCUUACUACUACAAUAUAAAUUCUAACUCCACAAACAUACAUUAUACAUCCAAUAUACAGCUAUACACAGACAAUGGUAAUAACAUUCCGUUAACAGUGAUAUUUACACAUAGGUCUCACCCAACAAUCAGAUCUCCCUGAGGUACACAUCGUGUUCUUCCAUCUUUCUGCAUUAUCCACCAUGUGCAACCUGGUCCCUAAGAAAAACAACCCCACAAAUGGGUUUGUCUGUAUUUGAGGCAGCAUUAAUCCAAACUGUCUUCCCUAAUAAACCUCAGACAUGUA